AUGGCGAAAAGAGUGCUGGCGAAGGAUCAGAUUGUCAAGCUGAUUGUCGGUGCGGGUCAAGCCAGCCCCAGUCCGCCCGUCGGUCCUGCGCUGGGAAGCAAAGGUGUCAAGAGCAUGGAUUUCUGCAAGGAAUUCAAUGCAUUGACAGCUCAUAUCAACACGGGGGUUCCGAUCCCGGCGCGGGUGACCAUCCGGCCGGACCGGUCGUUCACAUUCGAUCUGCGGACGCCGACAACGACCUGGCUGCUGAUGCAGGCCGCCAACCUGGAACCACGACAGAACCGGCAGCGCGGAGCGGGGAGACCGGGUCACGAGUCGGUCGGCCAGGUGUCGGUGAAACACGUGUACGAGAUUGCGCGGAUCAAGCACACCGAGACGCGGCUGUCCGGGCAGAGCCUACAGGGGCUGUGCAAGAGUAUCAUGGCGCAGGCCAAGUCUAUGGGGAUUGAUGUGGUCGCAUGA